AUGGCCCCCAGCAAGAGAACGCCUACCUCGGCGGAGAUUGCCCUGGUUCCCCUCAAGAGCUGUCUUGUCAACCUCCCUCCUGCGCUCGUUUCGCUAUUAGUCAAUGCAAAUACACCUGCACAGAAUGUCAUUGUCGAGCUACAGCAUCGUGGACAGUCUACAUCUACGUCGAAUUCCGGGAAGAAUGGGCAACCAGUCCAGAAGUCUGCACACGUUGGGUGGACAGGAAUGCCUAGCAAGAGGAAGCUGGCACCAGUGGUAACCAGGGACGGGAUCAAUGGCACGAGGGGGCAGCCCAAGGACCAGGAUGUGGCCGUGAUUGAGAUUGAUUCGACAUUCGGAAGGGUAUUAGGUUUGAGUGACGGGCAGAAGGUUGGCGUCUUAUUACACCUAGACCCGCCAGUUGCUCACACGGUGAACAUUGAACCCCUGACGCCCGCGGACUGGGAGAUUAUCGAACUACACGCCAACUUCCUAGAGCUUAACCUUCUAUCGCAAAUUCGGGCCCUUCCUAACCCUGCAUACACCCCUUCCUCCGAUCAACCAGAGCAUGCGCAUCCACUAACCCUACACCUCUCCCCAACUUCUACAGCAAAUAUAACUAUUACAUCACUCACGCCACAAGCCCCUUCUACAUCGCCUUUCGCCAAAAUUUCAUCCGACGCAGAGGUCAUUGUUGCGCCAAAGGUUCGCCCGAAGACCGGAAGAUCAUCUCACAGUGGGAACAGGAGUACGGCUAGCACUGGACGCAGAAGCCAGGGAGGAAGAAGUGUCAGCAGUACCCAGAGGCCGAGGAGCAGUCACUCGGAGUCUUCGUCACGUGGAGCCGUCUUCCUCCGGGCAGUGAACAGGAAAUCUGCAUUGCAUUGGUUUGAUGGUGAUGUAGAAGGAGAAAAGAAUGAAGGGCUAAAGGUUUGGGUUGAUCGGGAUGUGCUGGUCAAAAACGAACUUCGAGGAUCUUCCUGGGCCUGUGUUUCCAUUAUCAGACCAGCAGCUCUACAAGCUCCCGUUGAUCCUCAGCAGCAGGCCCAGCAAAAGGAGCUACAAACCCCUGAAGCCGGAAGCAUUUCCCGAAAGCUAGUCGCUAGGCUGCUCCCUUGGGACGAGAGUCCCGACUCUGAACAUGUUGCCCUUUCCUCUCUUUUAUGUUCUGCUUUAGAAUUCGAUGGCUUGGUGGGUGGAAUCGUUCGCAUAGAGGCUGCUCCACCACCAAUGCAAAAGCCAGCAGUCAAAACACUCAAAAUAUUUCCGUUUGGUACCGACUCGCCGAAAAAGAAGGAUGGCUUUAGAUUCGGUGGUGACUCGGCCAGUUCUCGAGACGCGUUUGUUGAACGAUUAAAACUGGUAUAUGGAAAUACAGGAUCAGAAACCGGGAUUCUGAGUGGCCCUAUUACAGACGGGAUGGUCCUACCAAAACUAGAUGAUCAAAUGAGAACUUUAGAUUUUGAUGGAGGGAUGAUUAAAUUUGACCCUCCGCUGAAUGGAAGUGCUCCAGAUGCUAAACCGGCGUUUGGCUGGAUACUUGGCUCUGAAAGCAAGAUUGCCAUUGAAAUGCAGCCCGCAAUACCUAAACCACCGGAUUCCUCAUUCCAACCUAUACCUGACGACGAAGUUAUACCCCUCGAAGCCCCGAAGUUAGUAGGGAUUGAACCCGUCAUUGAAAACUGCAUGUCGAAUCUUACACGAUCUUCGUCGAUUCUUCUUACAGGCGGGCUAGGAUCUGGAAAGACCUCACUGGCCUACCUACUCGCACAGCAACUGCGGGAAGAUUACCUCUUCAAUGUUACAUAUUUCCCCUGCCGCAAGCUUCUUAACGACGAGACCCGUGUUUCCUCCAUCAAAGAAACUUUACGACGACUCUUCCUUUCGGCUGCCUGGUGUGCAAGGCUCGGUGGCAACUCUGUCGUUAUACUCGAUGACCUAGAUAAACUCUGCCCUGUUGAAACAGAACUCCAAGUCGGUGGUGAGAAUGGACGAAGUCGGCAAGUCAGUGAAAUCGUUUGCUCCACUGUUCGGGAAUUCUGCUCAGCUUCAUCGCCCGUCGUACUGCUAGCAACUGCACAAGCAAAGGAAUCGUUGAACAACGUAAUUGUUGGCGGCCAUGUUGUCCGAGAAAUCGUCAGCUUGAAGGCGCCCAACAAGGAGGGACGAAGAAAGGUGCUGGAACAGUUAACCAAGGACGAUAAAGCUUCUUCAUCGCUCCAGGCGGAAAUGAAUGGUCAUGCUCGCAGCCCUAGCUCUUCAUCCCAGGAUUCCUGGCUUAACCCAUCAAACCCUGCUUCGAGGCCCGGAACUUCUGGUCACUCCGAUGGAUUCGUGUUAAGCAAAGAUUUGGAUUUCCUCGAGUUGUCUGGCAAGACAGAUGGUUAUAUGCCCGGUGACUUGGUACUUCUUGUUUCUCGCGCGAGGAACGAAGCAUUGAUUAGCGCAGUACAAGAUACUACCUCAUCGUCAACGGCCAUAACUCUAGGCACAGAGGAUUUCGAACGUGCAUUAAAGGGGUUUACACCUGCAUCCCUGCGUAAUGUCACUCUUACCUCCUCGUCGACUACUUUUGCCGCAAUUGGAGGUUUGCAUAGCACAAGAAACACCCUUCUAGAAACCCUACAGUAUCCCACGAAAUACGCUCCCAUCUUCUCCCAGUGCCCGCUCCGACUCCGUUCUGGACUUCUUCUGUACGGGUUCCCAGGAUGUGGUAAAACUCUACUCGCCAGUGCUGUUGCAGGGGAAUGUGGCCUUAACUUCAUCAGCGUGAAAGGCCCUGAGAUCCUAAACAAGUACAUCGGUGCCAGUGAGAAGAGCGUGCGAGACCUAUUCGAAAGGGCCGAGGCUGCACGUCCUUGUAUUCUCUUCUUUGAUGAAUUCGAUAGUAUUGCGCCUAAGCGUGGCCAUGAUUCCACCGGCGUGACUGACAGGGUCGUCAAUCAGCUCCUUACCCAGAUGGAUGGCGCAGAAGGCUUAUCAGGCGUGUACGUCUUAGCCGCAACGUCCAGGCCAGACUUGAUUGACCCUGCUUUGCUGCGACCUGGCCGUCUCGACAAGUCACUACUCUGCGACAUACCCAACCAUGCCGACCGUGUGGACAUCAUCCAGGCUUUAAGCGGGAAACUUAAGCUCAGUGAUGAUGUGAUGUCCCGACUCUAUGAAAUUGCUGGCCGAACAGAAGGGUACUCCGGCGCCGAUCUGCAGGCUGUUGUAUACAAUGCCCAUCUAGAAGCUAUUCACGACAAGCUAGGCGACCGAACACCAGCGCUAGCAGCUCCCUCAAAGACCUCCAAAAAAUCAGCAACGUCCAACGGCACAAAGUCAGCAGAGGCCGAUGAAUCAUCUGCUACGAAAGCCUCACAAGUUAGCAAACCAUUCAUUCAAUUCUUGUACGAUUCCAAAGAACACACUCUCGCCACUACGUCCAAGGGCGUAAGAAACACCUCCCUCGAUCCACCUGCUGUCAUUGCAGCGAAAAUCGAGGAACUCAAGAAGGCCCGUCAACGCCAACGACAGGCUGAGCGCGGUCAUCAAUCCGACACGCUUUCAAACGCGAAUAUAAAUAACCCUUCUGUCGAUGCAGGGCUAGAUGACGAUGAUAAAGACUCGGACGAGAUCAGUAUCGAGUGGACUCAUAUCGAGCGAUCGCUGGCCUCUACUCGCUGCUCCAUUAGUGCUGUAGAGAGGAAGAGGCUUGAGAGUAUAUAUCGCGAAUUUAUCGUGGGUAGAAACGGAGAGAUGCCUACUGGUGAAGGCGCAAGGGAUGUCGGGGGAAGAACGACUUUGAUGUAA